UACUCCUCUUCCCCAGGGCAGUAGUGGGAGGAAAUUUUGGCCAGCAGAGGCGCUGCUACGGGGCCACAGGAGACCUGAGGGGCAAGGAAGACCAGAGUUGCUUGAGAUGUGGAAUCCGCUGCAGGACAGUGACUCUGUGCUGGGCCCUGGACGCCGCCAGCGCUGGCUUUGCGUCGGAACACUGGUGCUGGCUUUCUCCGGAAUCUUCAUCAUUGGCUUCGUCUUUGGGUGGUUUAUAAAAUCUUCCAGUGAGUCAACUAAUAUUGUUCCCCAUCCUGGCAUGAAGAAGGCAUUUUUGCAUGAAUUGAAGGCUGAGAACAUCAAAACAUUUUUAUAUAAUUUCACACGGACACCACACUUGGCAGGAACAGUACAGAAUUUUGAGCUUGCAAAGCAAAUUCAUGCCCAGUGGAAAGAAUUUGGCCUGGAUUCGGUUGAGUUGUCCCAUUAUGAUGUGCUGUUAUCCUACCCAAAUAAGACUCAACCCAACUACAUCUCAAUAAUUGAUGAAGAUGGAAAUGAGAUUUUCAACACGUCAUUAUCUGAACUGCCACCUCCAGGAUAUGAGAACAUCUCAGAUGUAGUGCCACCUUUCAGUGCCUUCUCUCCACCAGGGAUGCCAGAGGGGGAUCUAGUGUAUGUUAACUAUGCACGAACUGAAGACUUCUUUAAACUGGAACGGGACAUGAAGAUUAAUUGUUCUGGAAAGAUUGUGAUCGCCAGAUAUGGGAAAGUGUUCAGAGGAAAUAAGGUUAAAAAUGCUCAACUGGCAGGUGCGAAAGGUGUCAUUCUGUACUCAGAUCCUGCUGACUACUUUGUUCCUGGGGUGAAGUCUUUUCCAGAGGGCUGGAACCUCCCUGGAGGUGGUGUCCAGCGUGGGAAUGUCUUAAAUCUUAAUGGUGCAGGUGACCCCCUCACACCAGGUUAUCCAGCCAAUGAAUAUGCUUACAGGCGUGAGUUGACAGAGGCUGUUGGACUUCCAAGUAUUCCUGUCCAUCCAAUUGGAUAUGAUGAUGCACAGAAACUCCUAGAACACAUGGGUGGCCCAGCACCCCCUGACAGCAGCUGGAAGGGAGGGCUCAAAGUGCCUUACAAUGUGGGACCUGGCUUUGCUGGAAACUUUUCAACACAAAAAGUCAAGCUUCACAUACACUCCUACAGUAAAGUGACAAGAAUCUAUAAUGUCAUUGGCACCCUCAAAGGAGCUGUGGAACCAGACAGAUAUGUCAUUCUUGGAGGUCACCGAGAUGCCUGGGUCUUUGGUGGAAUUGACCCUCAGAGUGGAGCAGCUGUUGUUAAUGAAAUUGUGAGGAGCUUUGGAACACUGAAGAAGGAAGGAUGGAGGCCCAGAAGAACGAUUCUGUUUGCAAGUUGGGAUGCAGAAGAAUUUGGCCUUCUUGGUUCUACUGAGUGGGCAGAGGAACAUUCCAGACUCCUCCAAGAACGUGGUGUGGCUUAUAUUAAUGCUGACUCUUCCAUAGAAGGAAACUAUACUCUAAGAGUCGAUUGCACACCACUGAUGCACAGCUUAGUGUACAACCUAACAAAAGAGCUGCAAAGCCCGGAUGAAGGCUUUGAAGACAAAUCUCUUUAUGACAGCUGGAGAGAAAGGAGUCCUUCACCAGAAUUCAGUGGAAUGCCCAGGAUUAGCAAGCUGGGGUCUGGCAAUGAUUUUGAAGUGUUUUUCCAAAGACUUGGAAUUGCUUCAGGCAGAGCACGAUACACUAAAAAUUGGAAAACAAACAAAGUCAGAAGCUAUCCACUCUAUCACAGUGUUUAUGAAACAUAUGAGUUGGUGGAAAAAUUUUAUGAUCCAACAUUUAAAUAUCACCUCACUGUGGCCCAGGUUCGAGGAGGGCUGGUGUUUGAACUGGCCAAUUCUUUAGUGCUUCCCUUUGACUGUCAAGAUUAUGCUGUAGCUCUGAAAAGGCAUGCUGAAAACAUCUACAACAUUUCAAUGAAGCAUCCACAAGAGAUGAAGAAAUAUAUGGUAUCAUUUGAUUCACUGUUUUCUGCAGUAAACAAUUUUACAGAGAUUACAUCUGAAUUCAACAAGAAACUUCAAGACUUAGACAAAAGCAACCCUAUAUCACUGAGAAUUAUGAAUGACCAGCUGAUGUAUCUGGAACGUGCCUUCAUUGAUCCUUUAGGGUUACCAGGCAGGCCUUUCUACAGGCAUAUCAUCUAUGCUCCAAGCAGCCACAACAAAUAUGCAGGAGAGUCAUUCCCAGGGAUUUAUGAUGCCCUUUUUGAUAUUGAUAGCAAAGUGGAUCCUUCCAAGGCCUGGAGAGAAGUGAAGAGACAGAUUUCUAUUGCAGCCUUCACAGUGCAAGCUGCAGCAGAGACUUUGAGAGAAGUAGCCUAAGGGUACUUCAGGGAAUCCAUUUUGGGUAGGGAUGAUAUUAUUGGGAGGACCUGCAUAGAAAAAUAAAUGUUUGGUAUUUUAUGAUUAUGGGUAAUAGCUGUAUGUAUGUAUGUGC